UUCCUCCUCUUCAGUCUUUCAGUUUGGAACUGGUAUCUGUUGAGUGGUCAGAAGACUCAGCACCACCCAAUUGAUAAUCUCUGGCAAUGGAGCUUCGAUCCCUGCAAUCACCCACUGUCACCAGCAUACAAACUCAAUAGAGUGGUGGGUUCAUUGAAAAACCCUUUUUAUGCGGUCAGGUCCUCAGGUUACCUAGUUCUAGGAGAUGCCCAGAUUCUAGAAAGCUCACAGUUCUUGAAUUUAGAGCCCAAGCCACAGGUACUACUAAAUUCAGCUUCAGUACAAUUGGGGCAAUUCAAGACAAAGCUGAUUUGAAAGAUGAGGAUCUUGCAUUUGUAGCUGGUGCUACUGGUAGAGUAGGCUCACGAACUGUAAGGGAGCUUCUGAAACUUGGAUUCAGAGUCAGAGCUGGUGUUAGAACUGCUCAGAAAGCAGAAGCCCUUAUUCAAAGUGUCAAACAAAUGAAGCUUGAUGUUGAAAGUGCAAGUGAAGGAACUCAACCUGUAGAAAAGCUUGAAAUUGUGGAGUGUGACUUGGAGAAAGGAGAUCAGAUUGGACCAGCACUGGGCAAUGCUUCAGUGGUUAUAUGCUGCAUUGGUGCCAGCGAGAAAGAGGUUUUUGAUAUUACAGGACCUUAUCGGAUUGACUAUAUGGCAAAAAACUUAAUUGAUGCAGCAACUGUUGCAAAAGUGAACCAUUUUAUUUUGCUUACAUCUUUGGGAACAAACAAAGUUGGAUUUCCUGCGGCCAUCCUAAAUUUGUUUUGGGGAGUCCUGAUUUGGAAAAGGAAGGCAGAAGAAGCAUUGUUUGCCAGUGGUCUUCCGUACACUAUAGUGAGACCUGGAGGAAUGGAGCGGCCAACUGAUGCUUAUAAAGAAACCCAUAAUAUUACCCUUUCACAAGAAGACACUUUAUUUGGUGGCCAAGUGUCCAACCUUCAGGUAGCAGAACUCAUUGCAUUUAUGGCCAAAAAUCGUGGUUCUUCAUACUGUAAAGUGGUGGAAGUAAUCGCAGAGACAACUGCACCCUUGACUCCCUUCGGUGAGCUUCUUGCAAAAAUACCCUCUCAACGUGUCGAUGUUUCACCAAAGGAAUCAGAUGCUGCAGAUGGGCCUGAUCCUGCACCUGUUGUAUCUGGUCCCCCUCCUAGCACUCCUAUUGAGAAGGAACCUCCCCAAGGAAAAGCAACGGCAAUGAGCCCAUUGUCUCCUUAUAUUGUCUAUGAAGAUCUGAAGCCACCAACCUCUCCUACUCCCACCCCAAGCACCAGUUCUAGCACUGCCAGAGCACCUGAUGUAGAUGGAAUUCCAGCAGAACCAAAGUCCAUUCCCUCUGUUCUAGAACCCUCAAGCACUGUCCUUGCAAAGGAAGCUAUCCAGGAAGAAGCAAAGAAAACAAGGCCUCUCUCGCCUUACAUUGUCUACGACGACUUGAAGCCCCCUACAUCACCAUCUCCCAGUGCACCAACUGUAUCACUCCCCUCAACACUUCCCGUGGAAGGUGGGUCCAAGAUAGAUAACAUCUCAGGCAACAACACAGCUCAGCCUCCAGCAGCAGAUAUACCAAAGGAUGAACAGCAUCACGUACAAGCAAAACCAAGGCCCCUUUCACCUUUUACCAUGUAUGAGGACUUAAAGCCUCCCACAUCGCCAUCCCCCAGCCAAUGUUAAGAUGAACUGCUCAUGAAUGACAGCAAGAGCAUCAGAGUAUAUCAGGACACUGCAUUGGGGGAAUUUAGUCAUGUGUACAAGUAUUCAUGAGAGGCAAGCAAUUGAAUCGCGGGAAUAAUUUUUAUUAUAUAUUUUCUGUUUUAUUUUCGCGAACUUGUUUGUAAUAAUACAUUUAUUUCUAUCCUCUAUUUUUUACUCUCAAUGUUUUCUUCAAAUUGAAGGAGAAUAAUAAGGAUGUUUUUU